GCACACGGCACUGGAACGCCCGUUGGAGAUGCUAUCGAAGUGGACGCAAUCAAUCGGGUAUAUGGCGGCAAACGCACGAGACCGCUCCUUAUUGGGUCUGUGAAAGCUGUAGUGGGUCAUACAGAAGAAUGUGCAGGACUUACAGGCGUCCUCAAGACCAUGCUAUGCUUGCGAUAUAAAACUGUUCCUCCUCAGCCGAAUCUUGGAUUCAUCAAUCCAAACCUUGACACCUGUGCGUCAAAGAUCGUCAUACCGAGAACAGCACAGGCCUUGGUGGACCCCGACUCGUCAAAGCCAGUUGUCUGUGCGGUCUCCUCGUUUGGACUCUCCGGUACCCUUGCACACAUCAUUCUCGAAGGGGAAGGUCAGGGUAUCUGCCUACAAAGCGCAAGUAACGGUCAUGAACAAGUCUUUAUCUUAUCUUCCCCGUCUACGCAACAACUCAUCUUCACCAUGAGGCGGUUUAUCUCGUUCUCAAAUUCUGUGGGAGCACAUAUGGCUUCUUUUAAUGAAGUAUGUCGAACGUCGAGAAGUGCCCGGGACCCUCUUCCGUACCGACGGGCAUGGGUUGCACGGAGUUGGAAUGAACUA